GUGCCGGGGAAGAAGCAACUCCUUUUCUCGUGUGCUCCUCUCCGCUGUCAUUCACUCGGCUCCUUUCAGCAUCCAGCCAAUGGAGAGUGAGGGCCUGGGAGCAGCAGGCCUGGGGUAGCGUGAUUGAUGGGCAAACAGGACGGCGGGGCGCUCGCACUCGCACUCCGCAGCGCUCCGCUCCGCACCGCGGGGCUCCGGCUCAGCACCGCCGCCGAGGGGCGAAGGGACCCGGGCCGGCCGGGCGCGCCGUCGGGCGGCCGCGUCCCGACGGGUGCCCGGGGUGGCCCCGGCUCGGGGUGGUGGCGGUGGUCUUGGGGUGGUCCGCUGUGGCUGGGGGGAGGUUGCGGGGCCGGGGGGAUUUUGGGGUCGGGGUCGUUGCGGGGCUGGGGGCCCCGCUGAGCUCGCCGCGAUCGUGGCUCGGGGCUGAGCCAGCCGGCCGGGAGCGGCGCGGGGGUGCGCAGCACGCGUGUCCCGACCUCGCAUGGCUGUGUCGCGCGUGGUGGCUCUGUCGCGCGUGGUGGCUCUGUCGCGGUGUCCCGGGGCGCGCGGCUGCGGCGCGAUGGGCUUGAGAGCAUAAGGCGUGAGCGCGCCUCGGUCACGCGUGGCUCCGCCGCGUGUCGGUGCCGUGGGUGCGGAGCCGAGCCCGGUGCUGAGCCCACGGCGGCCGUGCCCGGGCGGUGCGGGGCCGGGCUGCCGUGCCCGUGCCGGGGGUCGUGCCGCGGGGCUCCGGGGGGGGGGGGGGGGGGGACUGUGCGCGGCCCCGCAAGCGGGACGGGAGCGCGGCCGGGCUGCGGGGGCCGGCAUGGAGCACUUAGGGGCUCACCACCUGCACCAAGGGCAAGCCGAGCCCAUCAGCUUCGGCAUCGACCAGAUCCUCAACACGUCGGAGCCGGGCAGCUGCAUGGUGUCGCACCCGCGGCUGCAGGACUCGGCGGAUUACGGCCUGGGCUGCAUCGUGGGCAGCGCCUACAACACGGUCACCGGCGGCUACGGGACCGGCGGCGGCUCGGCCGGCGCUUACACCGGCACCUCGUGCAGCAUGGGAGCCCUGCCCGGCUCCUAUAACGUGAACAUGGCGGUGAGCAUGAACGGCAACACCUUGAGCUCGGCCGGGGGGGUGAUCCGCGUCCCGGCCCACCGGCCCGUUACCGGCGGCGUGCACCAGCCCCUCUCCGCCGCCGUGCCGCCGGUGAACGGCGUCAACAGCCUCACGGGGCUCACCUUCCCCUGGAUGGAGAGCAACAGGCGGUACACAAAAGACAGGUUCACAGUGGCCCUCUCACCCUUCACUGUAACACGCCGUAUAGGUCACCCCUACCAGAACCGCACGCCCCCCAAGAAGAAGAAGCCGCGCACGUCCUUCACCCGCCUGCAGAUCUGCGAGCUGGAGAAGCGCUUCCACCGCCAGAAGUACCUGGCCUCGGCCGAGCGCGCUGCCCUGGCCAAGGCCCUCAAGAUGACGGACGCGCAGGUGAAGACCUGGUUCCAGAACCGGCGCACCAAGUGGAGGAGGCAGACGGCGGAGGAGCGGGAGGCCGAGCGGCAGCAAGCGAACCGCAUCCUCAUGCAGCUGCAGCAGGAGGCCUUCCAAAAAACCAUCAACCAGCCCAUCCAAGCCGACCCCAUCUGCGUCCACAACUCCUCUCUCUUCGCCCUGCAGAACCUCCAGCCCUGGUCCGACGACUCCACCAAGAUCACCAGUGUCACCACCGUCGCCUCCGCCUGCGAGUAAGGCUCGGCACCCACCGGUGCCACGCGCACCUUCGGCGUCCCCCUUUUGUCACCGGCGUCACCGGCCACACGUGCGUCCCACGGAGCAUACGGUGAGGACCGACGGGAAGGGAAAUCCACCCCAAAAACUCUCCCCGCCUGUGGGGCUGACGGAGCAGCGGCGUCUCGCCUCCCCCCAACCCUUUUGUUCUUCCCAAAGUCUCUGGUGCCGACCACGAACUUCCUGACGCGCCGUCAGACAAAAGCCGAGCCCUGACAGACGCGGCCGCGGGCGAGCGCCCAGCUGGGGGAAACUUCCUCUGGGUUCUGCAGGGCUUGGGGCACCCCUAUAGGUCCCUAUGUAUAUAUAUAAAGCCCAUAUAUAUAUACACAAAGACACACUUCGGACUGAUUGAGACAAAAGGAUGAGGCUCCCUGGGAAGCGUGUUUCUGCAGCCAGGCGUUGUGCUGGGCCGUUCGCGCUGGAGACAUUUGGGGAUGCAACAAAUGGAGGAAACAACCCGGCUUUUUUAUUUUAUUUUAUAUUUUUUCUCCUCCCAGCAGCAAUUUCUGCUGGCGACAGAUGCGAACCCUUCGGAUCUCACCUAGCCAUGUCUCCUCCCCUUUUUCAUUAAUUUUUUCGUGCGAGGGGGGAAUAAGCCAAGGAACUGACAGACUCCUGAGGACGGUAAAUGUGAUAGCUCAAUCGCAGGAAGAGCCCAAACUGUCCCUGGCUGCCACGGACUCGGCGCCGAUCAGCCUACGUUUUAAUAACGAGAAGACCUCGGUGGCAGUUGGCAGGGGUAACGCGGUUUCUUUCGAUGGGUUUAUUUCCAUAUCAUUUGCAAAAUGCUGUCCGGUGUUUCGUUUUCCCUGUUUUCCUUGAUGAGGCAGUUCGUGAGGGCAAAAAUCGAUUCGAUUUCACUCCCAACUUCGUUGUUUCUUUAACCGAGGGAAUGAGACACAAUUAAACAAAGCACUUCCUAUAGCAAAGGCCAGGAAUAUAUAGAUAUAUAUAUAUACAGUAUAUAUUUUUUGGUUACUUAUAAUCUAAAACAGCACUGCCAAUUUAAACAGCUAGCACAAACAAGCAAUCAGAAAACCUAUUUUCAGCAAGAUUUUAAAAGGCAUUCGUUUGUUUGUUUGUUUUUAAGUUAUGCACUUCUACGGUGUCUUACGUGUAUUCAUUUUAUAAAGUGCUUGUGUAAUUUAUGUGGAAACGAAAAGGAAAA